ACCCUGAAAUGUGAAGUACAGCAGCAACGGCCAUGUCUAACUGCUAGCAAAGGGGAUACCACACCAAGCUUCUGGCCUGGCACUUUGGACGACUGCUGUCUGCGGUGCCGCCAUCAUGUCUGAAGACAAGCCCAUGGAAGAGGGCACGGUGUAUGGGAGCUGUGAGGGGCCCGAUGCCAUGUACGUCAAGCUAAUCUCAUCUGAUGGCCACGAGUUCAUCAUCAAGCGUAUGCAUGCGCUUACUUCGGGCACCAUCAAGGCUAUGCUGUCGGGCCCAGGCCAGUUUGCAGAGAAUGAGACCAAUGAGGUCAACUUCCGAGAAAUACCAUCUCAUGUGCUACAGAAGGUGUGCCAGUACUUCACGUACAAGGUGCGCUACACAAACAGCUCGACCGAGAUCCCAGAGUUCCCCAUUGCGCCAGAGAUUGCCCUCGAGCUGCUCAUGGCAGCAAACUUCCUCGACUGCUGACGCCCACUUCGUUACUGUGCUGCCCCCCCUUGAAAUAAAGUUUGUCUUGCUGCGUUGUCUGUGAUACAUUUCCUGUUUUGGACGUCGCCACUGGAUGAUUGCUUCUUUGUGCGAACCGCAUGCACUAUACUGCAGUAAUGGCUUAGUAAUCGCACCAACAAAGAGAUUUGUUGCAGUGGCAUGCACUCUGUGCUUAGCUCUGUAAAUAAAAUUUUGUGCACUCGAUAA